AUGCUUGGAUUUUUUUUUGUGUUAGGUAAUGCACGAGCAAAACGCAUGUAUUUUGUUGUAUUCUAUGGUUCAACUGCUGAUUUUGCUUGGGUAUCUGAUGCAGCAAUAAUAUCAUACAAAGGUGUUGAAGCAUUUACUAAAUAUGCUCAAGAAACUGUUGAUAAAGCACAAACAAAAUCUCAAAAAGAACAAUUAACUGAACGUUUUCAAUUAAAAGUUACAAUUGGUCGACGUGAAGAUUGGGAAAUGGCUGUUCGUGAAGCGGAUGAAGCAAUUAAACAAACUAAUGAAAAACGUCUUGAAGAAAUUGAACCUAAAAUUCAUUUCUAUACGAAAAGACGCGCUACUCCAAAAGGUCAACCUGGUCGUCGUCCAAAAACAUCUGCUACAAAACCCGAAGAAUCUAUUGAAACAUCAACAUUAGAUACAAAUAAUCGUUCAUUACUUGCUGAAAAAACAUUUGAAUUUAAAUCGGAAGAUGAAGAUUCAUCAACUGAUUCACCUAUACGCAAAAAUACAUCAGUUAAAAUAAAACUUAGUAAACAAACAUCAAAUGAUUCCGAUUCAAAUCCAACACCACCAAGCAAAAAUCGUUAUACACCAAAAGUAACAUUAACUGAUGAGAAAAUAAAUUCUACUCCAAUAACAACAACAACACCAACAACAACUAUUUUUGGACAAACAGCAAAUGGUUCAUCAGUUUCAUAUGAACCACGAGUACCAAUAAAUAAUAAUGUUGAUACAACACCAGUUAAAACAAAUACAACUAAAAUGGUUAAUGGUACAAGUAGUGGACGAAAACGUGGACGACCACGUCUUAAACAACCAUCAAUAUCAUCAAGUAAUGAAGAUACUCCUCUUGUACCAGAAUUUAAUUCUGCUAGUCCAUCAGUUACAACGAAAUUUACAACACAACGUAAACCAAUUAUAAAACCACAAGCAUUUAUGAAUUCAUCAACAAAUAAUAUUCUUAGUGGACAACAUGAUAUACGAACUGGAUUUUUAUCGCCAUUUGAAGAACAAGAAGUACUUGAUGCACUUGAACAAUUAGGUGCAACAAAAACAUUUGAAGAAGCAGAACAAAAAGCUAAACGUCGAUUUGAACAUAUACUUUGUUUAAAUCUUAAUCGAACACAUGUUGAUAUACCACAAGAAUGGUUUUAUACAUUUUUGUUUACUCAUCCAUCAUUAAUUAUAAAAAAUCCUCAAUGGUUUACAGAAAAAAAUAAUAUGGAUACAUUAAAUGAUAAUGAUUUAAUUAAUGAUGUUCAAUCAUCUAGUAGUUUAGCAGUUCUUAAACAUCAAUUAGUUGUUUUAUCGAAAUUAUAUCGUAAUGAAUUACAAGCUCGUCAAUCCGCACCAGUUAAAAAACGACGAUCAACUGCUGGUAGUGUUGGAAAACAAAAAUCAAUUGAAAAAAAACAAGAUUUAGAUGAUAAAUUAAAUGAUAUGCAAAAUAAAGAACAACAACAACAAGAAGAAGAACUUAUUGAUUAA